UAGUAGUAAUGUCUAUUUCCCAAAGGAAUGUAACUUUAGUCAUGUGCUCUACUAAGGGUUUUCAAAAAGAAACUUGAUUAUCGUGUACUGAAUGAUAAUUUUAACAAACUCUGAUUCGUUAUUGUAUACUAUAUAUUUUUUUUAAAUAACAAUUUUAUAGUAUUUAUUAUUUUAAUUUUUAACAAUGAAAACUGUUGUAGAACAAGUGCAUACUAAUUCUAUUUAUCCGCCAGUGAUUGCUAUCAAUGAGGUAGGUAAUUUAAAAUCAGCAGAAACGUUAGAUUGUGGUAUGGCUUUUGAAGAAUCUACGAAUAAACCUAUUUUGAAAAUAUUCAAUCAACAUGGUGGUACUGUAGAAGAAGAAGAUACCUCGAAAAGAGACAAUGUAAAACAAUACAUAGUCUUACGGAACAAAAAAACCAAUAAAGUAACUAUAUAUGGGACCAAGACAGUUUAUUUGAAGAAGCCUGAUUAUUUCAAAUCAAAAACUUUUAAAAAAGGAGAAUCUACAGCUAUGACUGAAGAAUUUGUUUCAACUUUUGGAACUAAAAAAGCUACUCGGUUAUAUAAAGCUCGAGAUAUUGAUGCGAUUGAAGCCUCAGAAGAUGUUUUUAAUAAUAUUUCAACUUCCAGUGAUGUAUUGCUUACUUCUGCACUAUCUCCAAUAAAUGAAUUUACCAAAUAUUUGCCUUUGGGAUGUAAUCGGUUUGCUACAAAUAUAGAAUCUGUUUAUCCUGUUUCAACUUUAUUGACAGAAAAUGAAAUACAACUGAUGACCGACUAUGCUCAAGAAGUUAUCUCAAUGCUUCCAGUACCAGUUGAAAAUGAGGACUUGUCACAAUUUUUUAUUGCCAAUGUAAAUAGGCUUGCUCAGAAGAAUGUACAAAAUAUAUGUCUAUUAACUUUUGCAGAUGGGCUUGUAAAUUUAUUAUUCACUAAGCCCAAUGAGUUGGACAGUAGAAACUGUGAUAUUUAUCCUAAUUGUAGUCUCAUAAAUGAAAAAUUGUUAGAUCACUUUACUGAUUAUAGUGCUACUGGAAGAGACUUAUCAUCAAAAAUGAAAGAUAAAGCUAUUUGCCACAUAAUUAUUUUGAUGCUCUUAAUUAAUAUGAAUACUAUAAAUCUUAGUUGGAUAUCAACUUUUCUGCCUUCAAAAUGUCAAAAAAGGUUAAUAACAUUAAUGAGAGUUGUUGGUGCAAUGGCAACAAAAGAAGAUAAAACUAAGUUCACACUAAAAAUACCUUUAUCAUCUCUUCCAACUUUUCAAAAAACAUCUAAACGAAAACGUUAAUUUAGUACAUAUUUUAUGUAUAUUUUAAUUAAAUGGACAAUGGAAUGCUUAUAUUUUUUAUUUUUAUCAAAACUAUUUUUCCAAUUUCUUAUAGAUAUUUGUAAUAUUUAAAAUAUAUUUGUUUUCUCUUAUA